UAACCACGCGCAAACGCCAUUGAUGCAGCCAUUACAUGAUCCUCAAAUGCCACCAAGGGCACAGAGCAUGGCAAAUGGGUACCAGCAGUACAAUACAUGGAUCUGUCUGCUCCUCACAAACACAUCAGCCCAUGUGCAUUAUGGGAACUAGUACUUCAGCCACUAAGGGAAAACAAAAAUGCGGGAACUCUCCAGGGUGGCAUCAAACCCCGCCCUCAUCACGAGGAUCGCCCACCUCUCAGUUUGCGUUCCAAGCCUCUCUGUCACUUACAACGAUAACAACAACAAGCAGUACCCAGAUGAUUCUGAAAUCCCAUUGGCCGCAGGAAAAGGCGGAAUCGUGCCAGUCAUCCUGUAACUUGUGUUCAUUGGUUAGUUUUGGUUUGAUCGACAACCAGGAGGCGGGGAAAAGCGCGCUCUGGUUGCUGUCAGCGGAGAAAGCUGUCCGCGAGCUGCUAGUGUUAGGCGGGAGCAGUGCCCGGGCUCGCGCCGCCGUUGGUCACGUGGCUGGUACCCGGAGUGACGUGUUGCCCGCGGACUGGUGUGUCUGUUUGACAGGGACAGUGACGUCACGACUUGACAGGUCGUGUGCUGCUCUGAGUGACAAUUUAUUUUUGGGGGUGAUAUUCCAUUUGUGUCAUGGGCUAUGUGGUUUGGCUGUGACGGAUCAUUGGACAAAAGACAAGUUGCUGUUGCCUCAAGAUUUUGCAAUGAUGAGUUGCCCAGAGGAUAAAGAAGAUUGCCGGGCACCUGUGGCCAAACAACGACGUCUUGUGGAAGCAGACAAGAAAGGGAAAAGAGAUGGUGGGGAUGUGCCAGGCAGCCAAGAGGCAGAGGCGGCGCAAGCACUGUGGGAGAUGACAACCUGGCGAGAGACAGCAGAGCCGCAUCCGAAGGCAGCAGAAAGUGAAGAUCAACCAGUCAACGUUGCAUUGCAUACGCCAGAAAGAGGAAGUAUGAAUGAUAAUCUUGUGCAUCUUCCGCGAUGCACUCCUGAGAGAGGUGACACAGGGGAAAGUGCCAUGGGUCCACCCCAUGUCCCUGAAGGAGGUGAAACGGGUGAGAAUCUCACAAAGCUUUCAAAGCCAACUCUGACAAAUCGAGUUGGUGACGCCAAUGAGGAAUCUUUAGAUCAGCGAAAAAGGAUGACACAGCAAAGCCCGGAGAUGGCAGAUACAGAUGAUGAGCCUUCUGUGUUGUCUCCACUUUCCUCUGAUUCCGAUUUAGGGGAUCUUCUCUCAUGCAGCGAGGGUGAUGAAUGCUGUAUUGUUUCUGUGGGUACCCAACCCAAAAGCAAUGAACGUUCACUGCAGGCUUUGGAGUCAGUGCAGCAGGAGCUCAGGGUUGUAAACGACCGAGCUGAACGAGCACUGCUCCAGCUGAAAAGGCGUUAUGGCCAGCUCCGAAAACCGCAUAUCCAGAAAAGGAAUUCCAUUAUACGCACAAUCCCAGGCUUUUGGGUUACUGCUUUCCUCAAUCACCCUCAGCUCUCUGCCAUGAUAGAUGACCGAGAUGAAGAUACACUGAGUUAUAUGAAUAAUUUGCAGGUAGAAGAUUUCACUCACCUGAAAUCAAGCUGCAAGAUCAAGUUCUAUUUUAACCCCAAUCCCUACUUCAAGAAUGAAGUAAUCAUAAAGGAGUUCCAGUAUGGUGGUUCUGGUCGUCUGAUUUCUCAUUCCACUCCAAUUCGCUGGUGGAAAGGACAAAACACCAAGAAAUCAAGCAGCUCUGCUCCAAGCUUCUUCAGCUGGUUUUCUGACCAUAGCUUCCCUACCGCUGACCGAAUCGCUGCGAUCAUUAAAGAAGAUCUUUGGCCGAAUCCUUUGCAGUAUUAUCUCAUUGGAGAGGGAGAGAGUGAUGACCAGGCAGCAGAAGACAGUGACACUGAUAACGCAGAUGAUUGUGUGGUCAUCGUAGAUGAUGAAGAUGAGGAAGAAGGGGAGGAAGAUGAAGAUGAAGAUGAUGAGGUGCAUGAGAUUUUAGAAAAUUCAGAGAAGCAAACAGAAGGUAGUGAUGAGGAUGACGAUGACAACGAAGAUGAGGAAGGAGAAGAUUUAGAAGUGAUAGAGGAGGAAUCUGUCACUGAGGAACUUUUGGAGUCCACCACCAAGGAACAUCCAGCAGGAAAGUUAGUUUUGGAUGUGGAUGAUUCAGGGCAAUCUUCAGGCAGAGAAGAUAACGGUGAGGAAGAAGAGGAUGAAGAUGGGUAGCUGAGGUUAGGAGAUACAGGGAAGCCGCUUCACCCCACUUCCUAGGAAGCAAAGGUCACUUCGGGUGUGCAGGAGAAACAGUGAGUGCUGCAGUAAGAGGAAUUUAGUGCUCUCAGCUUGAGUUGAAAACACCCUAGACCUGCCCCCCUCUAAAGAAGCCAAGCUUGUCAGGGCCUGUACCAUAAUAAGCUUUAGAUCAGAUAAUGGGGGCAGCAGCAUGUUGUCCUAUCCCUACACCCUGCGUAGGAUUUGCACCCUACCUUAGGCAAAAGCAAUCAGACUAGAACUGGAUUUAUUAAGGUUAUGCUCUAUAAAAUACACACUCAUUUUUUUUAUUUUAUUUUUUUAUAAGUCGGUUCUAUUGAGGUCCAAUUUAUUUGAGAUUUUACUUCCACUUGAUUUUUAUGAUACAAAAAAGUCACUUAUCAAGAAUUUAUUAUGAGACAUUAUUAUUUUAAUUUCUUAACAGACUUGUUGCAAAAUCGAUGUUUACGGGUUAACAUAUGACUGAUUUACAAGUCUGUUUGGCUUGUUCCAUUUAUACUAAAUCUGUACCAAAUCUAUGCAGUUGACUUUGGGCUUCAGUUUGUACGUUUUUAUUCUAAAAGUGAAACUGCAAUUUCUUCUUCCAGUUGAAUUUGUAACAGCCUGGGCACACAGCCCCUUAUCAUGCUAACCAUAAUUUAGUAAACCGUAGCUCAUUCUCCCUUCAUUCACACCUCUCAGAGCUGCCUUUCUUCUAUUAACAAGUUAGUAUGUACACUGGCUUAUUGUGUGUGCGUGUAUUUAUAGGAAGAAACGCACCGUCCCGUAGCUUUAUGUGCACUACAGAAUAUGCAGUUAUUAAAUAGCUAUAAUUGUAAAUAGUUUACAAUGUACACUGAUUGCCAGGUUUACUUUCUUGAUUUCAAUGACACCUUUCUUUCUUUUUUUAACCUAAAUAUCUGUCCCUUUUAUGUUUUUAAAAUAGCUUACACUAACCAUGAGCAAACCAAAACAGAGUUGAAUGUGCUCACAGUGCACCCUUCUGGCACAUAUGCAGAACUGCAAAUGCCGCAGAUCUAUGUGCCACUGUAGCUUAUUUGCUAUAGAAACAUUACAGAUGAUAUUUCAGUCAAAAUCUUGUGAUCUCAAAUGUUGCUUAAAAAUUGAAGGUUACAAUGUUGCAAAAUAAAAGUUGGGGGGUUAAGGCUAUCGGUGGAAAUGUAAAUGUGGCAAUCGCUUGCUAACUUUGUCAGCUGGCAGAGGCAUUACUUUGCUGGUGAGGGCUGCAAGGCACUGCAAUCGGGCGGGGGGGGGGGGGGGUGAUUACUGCUUAUCCUGCAACAUUUAAUUUUGUGACUUCAAAGUCUUUUUAACCAGCAACAUUUGAGGCAUCAUAGCAUGUUGAAGUUGUCGUUUUUAAUUGUGGCAUUUUGUUCAAAACAUUUAAUUAGAUAUCAAAUAGACAGAUUACUAAGACGCCCAUUUUACCCUUAUACACGGAACCUACAUGCAUUUGCUUCUGCCCCCCCACAUAAGUUUAGGUGCAGCUGUGUUUGCAUAAAACAGGUUUGGUGAAGUUAUGAGAUUAUUUUUUUUCACUGUCUCUCUCACAAUCUUAUUAUUUUCAUCUAAUUCUCAGGGCAAGUUGAAGUUGUCAUGGGGAAGGUAAAAAAUAUAUAUAUUUUAGCAUUACCCAGAUAGGUCUAGCUGUAAAAGCUUCUGUAUUUGUUUGUAACGCAUUGUGUGCAAAUCCCUGCACAGACAAAGCUGUCGGUGACUUGGUUAAUGUUUAUAGUUUCUUUUGGCUGCUUGGCAGUGUAAUGCUCAGGAUUUUAGUGCACUGACUACCCUGACCCUAUAAAAAAUCCUUUAUAUAACUUAAGGUUUUUCUUCUUUAUUAUUUGUGUUUUGCCCUCAUUUAUCCGUGACCUCAGUUACCAAGGACACCUCCACCCCUGAAGCAGGAAUCUUAGAAUGAGAGAUUACCUUAAACUAUCCUAGAUGGCCCUGGAGGGGUGAAACGCUUUUGGUCAUCAACUUUUAUCCACCUUAAUCUCCUACUGUUUGCAAAUUCCCUUUUGUUCUUAAAAAAUAAAAAAAAUCCCCCAGGGGAGUUGUUAAUUUUUAAUAAAAAGCUUCCUCCUCUAUGA